CCCCCUGCAUCAGGACCAUGUGUGAUCAGCAGCAGAUUCAGUGUUGCGUGCCGGUGCCCCAGUGCUGUGUCAAGGGUUCCUCCUUUGGUCCCUCACAGUAUUCCUAUGCCAACAACCAGGUGCUGGUCCAAGCUCCAUGUGGGAUGCAAGUUGUGGAAUACGCUGCACCAUGCUCAGUUCCAGUUUCCCAGACUCCAUGCCAGUCCGGUGGCAUUGAAGUGAAGGGCCAGGCUGCAGGCUCAUCUAAGAGCACUAAGGUUAAAUGCCAGGCUCCAUGCCAAUCAAAGACCACCCAGGUAAAAUGCCAGCCUAAGACCACCGAGGUAAAGUGCCAAGCUCCCUGCCAGGCUCAGGUUUCCUGUAUUCAAUGCCAGGCUCCCUGCCAGUCUCAGGUUUCCUACGUGCAAGUCCCACAGCCUCUUCCGGCCUACUAUGUAGAAUGUGCUCCGGUGUAUUACACAGAAACGAGUUAUGUGGAGUAUCCCGUUCCAACCUACGUGCCUGCUCCAGCUCCUCAGCCUGUUCGCACUUAUGUAGAAUGUCCCUCAGUGGGCCAGGGCCAGGGAAGUUUCCCCACUCAGGGCCAGUACCAGGGCUCCUACGGCAGCUGUACCUCGCAAUCACAGUCACGGGGUUCUUACAGCAACUGUGGUCCACAGUCUCAGUCCCAGGGUUCCUACAGUCGCUGUGUGCCACAAUUCCAGUCUGGGACCUCCUACACCAGCUGCCGCCCCCAGCGCCAGUCACAGGCUUCCUAUGCCGGCUGUGCCUCCCAAUUCCAAUCACGAGCAUCCUACAGCCACUGCUCCUCCCAGCGUCGGUCUGGGGCUUCGUUCAGCACCUGUGCACCACAAUGCCAGCCCCAGGGCUCCUAUGGAAGCUUCACUUCACAGCAGCGCCGGUCUCAGAGCACCAGCAGAUGCCUCCCUCCUCGUCAGCUGCAGCCUUCAUAUCGAAGCUGCUCUCCACCAAGGCGUUCCGAGCCCUGUUAUAGCAGCUGCCUGCCAUCCCGAUGCUCUUCAGGCUCCUACAACUAUUGCACCCCACCCCGCCGAUCAGAGCCCAUCUAUGGCAGCCACUGUCCUCCUCAGGGCCGCCCUUCAAGCUGUUCCCAAAGAUGUGGACCCAAGUGCAGAGUAGAGAUUUCCUCACCCUGCUGCCCCAGACAGGUUCCUCCACAGAGGUGCCCUGUCCAGAUUCCUCCCAUCAGAGGUAGAUCCCAGAGCUGUGGCCGGCAACCCUCUUGGGGUGUCUCCUGCCCGGAUCUGAGACAGCCACAGCAAUUCCCAAGGUCUUGCGGCCCACAGCGUCGUGCCUGGUCUCCAGAACCAUCAUGGCAGCGGUGUCCAGUUCCUGCACCACGUCCAUGUCCAGAACCACAGCGUCGUGACCGGUCUCCAGAAUCAUCAUGGCAGAGGUGCCCAGUUCCUGCACCACGUCCAUGUCCACGUCCAGAGCCAUGCCCAAGUCCAGAACCCCGGCCAUGUCCUCCACCCCGGCGGUUUUCAGAACCAUGUCUCUAUCCAGAACCAUGUCCAGCUCCUCAACCAGCACCAUGUCCAGCCCCACGUCCAGUGCCACGCCCGCGCCCAGUUCACUGUGAGAAUCCAGAACCACGUCCACAACCCCAGCCUUGUCCAUAUCCAGAGCCAAUGCCGCAUCCUGCGCGCUGCUCCAGCCCAGAGCCUUGUGGGGAACCCAUGCGCUGUACCAGUCCUUGCUCAGGCCCUAAUCCAGUUCCCUACCGCCAAGAACUAGGCUGUCAUGAAUCUAACCCAUGCCGCCUGGAUACUGAAGGCCCGAGCCCAUACAGCUGCAACCAGGGGCAAGAGAGUAACGACAACUGUAGACAUGAUGAUUCCUUCCUGGGGACACAGAGUCUAGGUGGUUGUGGAGACCAAGGAAAUACCCACGGCGGAGCGAAAGGUGGGGCUUAUGCUGGAGCAAAGGGCGCUUACUUUUAAACAAAAUGUAGCUCAAAUGCCCCUGCUGCAGGCUCUUUAGAACAUUUCCCCUUCUCCUCUGGUCUACAGCGCUCCACAGAUGUUGAUUUGGUCCCUGCUUCAAAGCUGUGUUUCAGACUCCGUGCGUGUCAUCUCGGAUUCCACACCCGAGUCUCAGACAUCAUUCCAGCUAUGUCUCACUCCUCCUCCGCCCUCCGUUUAAAUUCUAACUAGACCAGCUUGUCCACCAGGGUGUUUCCUGGGUGUUCCUCCUGACACUCCCCAGAUGCUCUUCCUCUGCAGAGGCUCGCUCCACCUGAACCAUUUCUCACCCAUUUCCCAGGAUCCAAAAUUGCACCUGUCUUUCAACACCUCUUUUUUGAAGCCUUUUAUUAUCAUAGUUGCCUGUUUCCAUCCACGGGAGCCUAUUCUGACUUCCUAGAGUUCAUCGCCCAUAGCUCCAUCCAUUUAGCAAGAGCUUUGCAGUACUCCUGAACUAAUUUUUCUUUGCAGUUUUUGCCUUUUCUGCCCAGCAACGUUGUAAACUUUCAUUCGAGUGGAGUCAGUAUAUCCUUAAAUCUCUGUGCCUAUAUUAGGUCAGGCAAUAGUUGAUCAAGGUUGUAGUUGACAG